CCUUUCUUCGCUAUGUCCCAGAGCAGGCAUCGCGCUGCGGCCCCGCCGCUGGAGCGGGAGGACAGCGGGACCUUCAGGUGAAGGUACAAGUAAGAAGCUGGCGAAACAUAGAGCUGCAGAGGCUGCCAUAAACAUUUUGAAAGCCAAUGCAAGUAUUUGGUGAGCUAAAUUUCUUUGUAUUCUGCAGCUCAAAAAUAUCAUGGCUGAGGUAAGAUUAAAAUUUUGAACAUGGUCACAAAAGCAACAAAGUCAACAGCUGUUAGUAUUUAGCUCUAAAAUUCUAUUUCCUUGUGAAAACCUGUCACCAUUAAAGGCAACUUUAUCCUUAAGAAAUUCAGUCCACCAAUUAACUGUUAAAUGAAAGCUCUCGUGAACUAGGCGUUUUCCCCCCUCACUGGGAUGCGACAAUACAAAACCCCAGCUUUUCUGGCAAGUAUCUUACUGUAUUAAGACUUUAGUAACUUCUGUACUACAGAAAACAAGGAAUGAAGUGGAAAAAGAUCAGUGGAAAAUACUCUUAGGAAUUCUAAUUUAGAAGGAGACAAAGAGAUUUCCUUUUAUUAUGGAAUGUAUAACAAAUACAAGAAGAUGUUAAGGGGGAUGUUAAUUCUUGACGUGAUUUUUCCAAAAUGAAUUUGUGUUAUCACUUCAGGUGCUUUUGGAGAGUAUUGGUCCCGGAGCAUCUCAUGUAUCAUUGGAUGAUGUCCUUUGGUUUCUGAUGGACACGUCCUGGGGCAUGCUGAGCCUUCAGAUUCUCUUUACGUGCACUCAGUUAUUCUUGGAGUUCAGUCUGGUUUAUCUGUUCAUAGUUGACAGCAGAGGCCCAUGGGAAUUUAGGAUGAGUUUUUCUCCAGCCUCAAAACUUUUGCUUUAGCACGUACUUAGGUCCUCAUGCAGUGCUCCUCCCAUUUCUAAGCUCUUCCAAACCAUUUGAGUAGUUUAGAAUGAAGCAUUGACAAACUUCAGAUCUCACAAAAUGAUUCUUGAUUCUUUGGGGUCAUAUGUUAUAGUUGAUUUAUGCUGGCUUUCUAGACAUGCCAAAUGGCAUGGCAGGUAUUGGAUUCUCCCCUCGCUGGUGGUGACCAUGCUAUUUCUGUGCAGUCCAAAGGUCAACCCAAAGUGUUGAGUACAUUUGUAGAAAUGAGUGUACGUAGUGUCCUUUCUGCACAUGGGCACUUCGCUUUGUCAGCAAAAAAGGCUAACAAACUUUACUAUAUAUUUGUGCUUCUUGACAGAUAAGAUGGGAAUUACUAAGCUGUUAUCAGGGCUAAAGUGGCCUGAUUUAAUACAGAGACUUUCUCACUUCUCCAUCACAAUUAUUUGGGUAGCUUCGGCGUGCAGCAUUGUAAGUGAAUAUUCAUAUCUCAUCAGCCUAUGUAAAGCUUGAAGUUCUGGCAGGUGGAAAGGAAACUUGAAGAAGUGCCAAUAACUGAACCUUUUUUGUCACCAAAGAAAUGACUCUUCAGCCUUGUAGGUGAUAGUAACCUUGAAUGCAGCUUUAUUCAGUGUUACACACUCAUCCCCCAACUAACUAGUAAAUUUAAACUAGUUAGAAGAGAUUGUUCUCUUUUUCCCUAAUUACAAUCCCCACAUGCUGGAACCAGAUUCAUGCAGGCCAUCUAUUUUAUGCAGGAUAUAUGUAAGUCUUAGGAGGAUCAUUCUAGCAUAGAGCAGAUGAUAUAUCAAACAAAUCUUUCUUCCAUAAUUAUAUGAGGGGAAAAAACAACUUUAUGACCUGUAUCAUUCACCUUACCAGGCUAAAUUGCCUAAUUGUUAGUCUUCCCUUUUUGUGGCUGUAACAUUAGUAUGCUUUAUUUAAAUACAUUUUUAUUGAACACAUAAUAUACAAAGCACUACAAGGCUUAUGAAGGUAAGUAAUCCGUAGGCCCUACCAUCAAGGAUUUGACAGUCUGAACACAGGAGAGGUGUGGUGAGGGAUGGACAAAUUACAUGUAUUUGUAAGAGUAUAAUUUAUGGUCAUAUAAUUUGCCUAAGAAAGGGUCAACCCAAAUGUCAACAGUUCUAAGGAGGGAGAGAUUAUGUUUCAUUGGAGUAACAGGAUAGGUUUCUUAGUGGAAGUGACAUUUGAGAUAUAUCUCGGAUAAUAGAUAAAUCAUGUUCUCAUUCAGGUGGGAAAGAAAAGCACUCCAUGAAGAAGCAAGAGCAAAGGCAUAGAGGAUUAAAUAGGAAAUGCUUGUCAUUUAUUUAAUAGUUUGGGGGAAAGUAUUUUGUUUUAUAACACUUUAAAAAAAUGUUUAGCUUUGCAGUUCCUGACCCCUUAAUGCCCGACCCUUCUAAGCAACCAAAGAACCAGCUUAAUCCUAUUGGUUCAUUACAGGAAUUGGCUAUUCAUCAUGGCUGGAGACUUCCUGAAUAUACCCUUUCGCAAGAGGGAGGACCUGCUCACAAGAGAGAAUAUACCACAAUUUGCAGGCUCGAGUCAUUUAUGGAAACUGGAAAGGGGGCAUCAAAAAAACAAGCCAAGAGAAACGCUGCUGAGAAGUUUCUUGCCAAAUUCAGUAAUAUUUCUCCGGAGAACCACAUUUCUUUAACAAAUGUAGUAGGACAUUCUUUAGGAUGUACUUGGCAUUCCUUGAGGAAUUCUCCUGGUGAAAAGAUCAACUUACUGAAAAGAAGCCUCCUCAGUAUUCCAAAUACAGAUUACAUCCAGCUGCUUAGUGAAAUCGCCAAGGAACAAGGUUUUAAUAUAACAUAUUUGGAUAUAGAAGAGCUGAGUGCCAAUGGACAGUAUCAGUGUCUCGCUGAACUAUCCACCAGUCCCAUCACAGUCUGUCAUGGCUCCGGGAUCUCCUGUGGCAAUGCCCAGAGUGACGCAGCUCACAAUGCUUUACAGUAUUUAAAGAUAAUAGCAGAAAGAAAGUAAGCCUGAAGCAACUUAGAAACCCCCCGUAGCACAUAAGAAGUCCCCCUUUCACCCCUUCCCAAGUAAAAUGUUUACUAUGUUUGAGUUUGUGUGUCAUUUCUAAAUCUCUUCAUAGAGUCCAUCAACAUCCCAGAUUUAAUUAUCUCCUGGUAGUUAUUAAGCUCUUUUUAAUGGCUUCAACUUUGUAUUGGUAUAUUGUAUUUAUAAA